CAUAUUGGGGGACGGUCUCACUUAGGCGCUCCGUCUAACCAUGGUAUAAAUCAGCAAAUAUUAUGACAUAACCAUGGCUGCACUUGUAGUUAGUUUCAUUUUAUGUAGCCGACAUUCCUCAUAUUUAUUAAAAACCCUAGACGGACGGAAAUAUUAGGUAAAUACACGGAGCGAAGAUGGCUGCGCCUACAGGAYCCAGAGAAGCUUCAAGCGCAAACCUGCCCGGGUUUGAAGGUUUCCCCUUCGCGGGGACCAGCAGCAGACCGCAGGUGGACGACGGUAAAGCCCAGGGGCAGGCUGGGGAUGUGAAGAAGAAGCCAUGUCGAACCUGUACGGACUUUAAAUCGUGGAUGAAGCUGCAGAAACAGCAGGCGACGGCAGCUGCUGCACAGGAAACACGUGUUGCAGCAACAGAGCAACAGGAUCCUGAGUGUCCUUUGGACAGGGAGGAGUUGGGGAGAAGCACCUGGUCCUAUCUGCACACCAUGGCAGCAUAUUACCCUGACCAUCCAUCCUCCAGGCAGCAGCAGGACAUGGGCCAGUUUAUCAACCUUUUCUCUAAGUUCUUUCCCUGUGAAGAAUGUGCAGAAGACCUCAGGGGCAGACUGAAAAACAAUCAGCCGGACACAAGCAGCCGCCACGCUCUCUCCCAGUGGCUCUGCUGUCUUCACAACGACAUCAACGUCCGGCUGGGAAAGCCUGAGUUCGACUGUUCUCGGGUGGAUGAGAGGUGGAGAGAUGGCUGGAAGGAUGGAUCCUGUGACUGAGUGUUUGUGUGGACCUCAUAUUGCUUUUAUUGUUCUGUUGUCAGGUUACAAAUAUGUUAAUAAAGUUAAGUUAAACUAAA